GUCUUGAGUCUUUCCUUAUAAGUUAGUAAGUACAAUCAGAUAUAGCCUUCAGUUGAUCUUUGUACAUCAAAACAGCAAGUACGAAUGCCGUCUUCUCAUUGAGAAAUCUGCCAACAACAUUUCAAAAUGACAAGGUGUGCUGUGUUUUACUCUAGCUGGUUCAUAUUGCUGGCUCUACUGUGCAUCACAGCAGCUGGUAACAAGAACAUUGCAAAUGCUUUUGGAAUCGUAUCUUGUCGAAUGACUGAUGGAUCCAUUCAGCCCCUGAAAAGAGUGGUUGUUAAGCUGCUAUUUCAUGAUCGCAUACUGUAUAACAAAAUUGACGAGACUCGUUCAAGCACAGAUGGCAGUUUUUACAUAGCAGAAUCAGUUAAGAAUGUUGUUGGCGAACCAGAUCCUAUUGUUAUUCAAAUUGUGUACGAAUAUCAAGGUAAGUACGGACAAAUGGAGGUAAACGGACUCGCUGGAAUUACAAGAAAAUACACCACAAAGAGGAAAAAGUACAAGCAAAACCUUAAUUUCGGGGGCAUUGUGAUUGCUGAUGAUCAUUGCAGAGCAUACGUGCAAUUUUAUGCCGCUAUGGAGGACUAUUACGCACGAACAGGAAUGACGGUCCCAUACAAAACCCUGGAUGUUCGUACCCAAGUCUUAAUUCACGGAGGAACCCCAUAUGCUAUUAGGUCAAGAGUCAACAUUCCAAAAGGCUACUUUGUAAGUGUUGCAACAGCAAUACAUGAGCUGGGUCACACGGUCAGACACACCCUGGAUGGAAACCUUGUGCACUUCUUGUAUGACGUGGUAAGGUUCAACUAUCUGAGGCACCACACAUGCAGCACAAAGUCCAACCUUGGUUACGCUUUCAAUGAGGGUUGGGCAGAAUUUUGGGCCAACUCGUGCAAUAACUUUUUUUAUGGCACCUCAACAACUGACUAUACUAUUGAGGGGAAUGUGGCCAUUGCUCUGAGAAGUAUCAAGAAGUCUUGCGGCUUAAACGAUGGGCAGAUGAUCAAUGUACUCAGAAAGAACCCCAAAAAGAUACACAGCUUCCAAGAUUUCAAGAAAUUUAGUGGUUGCAGUUGAGCAAUAUACAUGUAUUAUAAUCUGAGACAGUGACUAAACACAAAUUUAUAACUGGUUGCGUAGUUGAUAGUAAACUACUGUGUGCAUGCUAUGUAGCUGAGCUAGAGAACACAUCACUUUAAAUUUUGCA